AUGAUUUCGCGUAAAGUUGGUGGACACGUAGCUAGUUUCUUACACUGUGCAGUAAGCCACCAGGAGAUCAGCUGUCAUCAGCAGAGUCAGCAGUUGUUUCAGCAGCAUCUACAGCAACAGCAUCUACAACAACAGAACUUAAUGAACAGUAGUACGGACCUGAACCAAUCGUCCUUAAGCAUGAAUGGGCUCAAAGUAAAAAGUUACCGCCAGAACGAGAGUCUAGAAGGAUAUUACGAAGUGGAGAACGUUCUAGGCUCGGGCGGCUUUGGAACUGUGUAUGCAGGUUUUCGCAGGAGGGACGGCUUACAGGUCGCAAUCAAACAUAUCUCCAAAAAGAAAGUAUCCUCGUGGACAAAGUUGCCCAACGGCCUGCAGGUUCCUCUAGAGCUCCAUCUUCUCCAUCGUGUCCAGCAUGUAGCCGGUGUUAUCAAACUGAUCGAGACAUUUGAGCGGGACGACAGUUUCUUCAUCAUCACGGAGCGUCCAGAAAACGUCAAAGACUUGUUUGACUAUAUUACUGAACGCGGUCCACUGGGCGAGGACGAGGCCAGGGUGUUUUUCGUGCAGAUCGUUCAGAUGGUACAGAACAUAGAGAAAUGUGGUGUACUGCACAGGGAUAUUAAAGACGAGAAUGUGCUGGUGAACGUCAAGACGGGUCAACUGAAACUCAUAGACUUCGGCUCAGGGACUAUUCUUAGGGAGGCAGACUAUGACGACUUUGAUGGAACGCGUGUGUACAGCCCUCCAGAAUGGAUCAGCAACCGCCUGUACAACGGCAGACAAGCAACAGUUUGGUCGCUAGGGAUUCUCCUCUUCGACCUGGUCAAUGGGGACAUUCCAUUCGAGCAGGACGAGCAGAUCAAGGCUGCCGAGCUCCACUACAAGGUUCAUCUUUCUCAACACUGCAAAGAUCUCAUACGUAAGUGCCUCUCAGUUGACCCUCAACAUCGACCAACUCUGGAGCAGAUUCUUCUGCAUCCAUGGAUGACCAAACUCCCUCCUCCAGUUCAGAUUCCAGAAAGCCGAAAAAGAACAACAGCAUCUGGAAAAGUUGUUGACAUUGCCGUCCCAAGCAACAGUGCAAGCCUUUGA